CUAAUGCACCAUAUAACUACGAACCUUAUCGAUAUUUAACACAUUGUAUUAUCAGAUAUUAAAACAGUAAUGAAUUACAUUGUUUUCACAAAUGCACUAAAUUGGAAAUGAGAACGGGUACAAUGACUUAAUUUAUUCCAUCUUACGCAAGCAAUUGUAUCCUUAUGAUUCUCCUCGCGGGGAUUUGUAUAUUAUUUAAUUGUAGAAUUGUUUUUUUUUUAUUAUUUCUUUAUAGUCUUUUUACAAAUAGUGUUUUUUAUCUCAGAUUGAACGAGAUAAAUCGAAUUUCGAAUUGUAUUAUUAGUAAGAUGGAGUGGGCUAUGAUGGCGCUCGCUGUCGACAUGCGGUACGGAAACAACAUGGCUGAAUCUAGUGAAUGACUUUGUGGUUUCACGGAAUUGUCAAAUAUUAAAUUGAGAUGGGUCAGAAUCAGUCAGGAGCUGGUGGUACGGGUGGAGACAAGAAGGAUGAUAAGGACAAGAAGAAGAAGUAUGAACCUCCAAUUCCUACUAGAGUAGGCAAAAAGAAAAGACGUACAAAGGGACCAGAUGCUGCUUUAAAACUGCCUCAAGUGACUCCUCACACACGCUGCAGGCUUAAGUUAUUGAAACUGGAGCGUAUUAAGGACUAUCUACUUAUGGAAGAGGAGUUUAUUAGAAAUCAGGAAAGGUUAAAGCCCCAGGAAGAAAAGAAUGAGGAAGAAAGAUCUAAGGUAGAUGAUCUCCGGGGAACACCCAUGUCUGUUGGCACAUUGGAAGAGAUAAUAGAUGACAACCAUGCCAUAGUAUCUACCUCCGUUGGAUCGGAGCACUAUGUCUCGAUUCUCUCCUUUGUUGACAAGGACCAGCUAGAACCUGGUUGUUCCGUUCUAUUGAACCAUAAAGUCCAUGCAGUUGUAGGUGUUCUGGGAGAUGAUACAGAUCCCAUGGUCACUGUUAUGAAGCUAGAAAAAGCUCCACAGGAGACUUACGCCGAUAUUGGAGGUCUUGAUACUCAAAUUCAAGAGAUCAAGGAAUCUGUAGAGCUGCCUCUGACACACCCUGAAUAUUAUGAAGAAAUGGGCAUCAAACCACCAAAGGGUGUGAUACUUUAUGGACCACCGGGUACUGGAAAAACUCUCUUAGCGAAAGCUGUGGCUAAUCAAACAUCAGCAACCUUUCUCAGAGUCGUCGGCUCUGAGCUCAUCCAAAAAUACUUGGGUGAUGGACCGAAACUCGUCAGGGAGUUGUUCAGAGUCGCUGAGGAACAUGCACCAUCAAUUGUUUUUAUUGAUGAAAUCGAUGCAGUAGGAACAAAACGAUACGAUAGUAACAGUGGCGGAGAACGAGAAAUUCAACGUACCAUGUUGGAGUUGCUUAACCAGUUGGAUGGUUUCGACAGUCGAGGAGAUGUUAAAGUAGUUAUGGCUACUAACCGAAUCGAAACUUUGGAUCCUGCUUUGAUUCGACCAGGACGUAUCGACAGGAAGAUAGAAUUUCCUUUACCAGAUGAGAAGACGAAGAGGAGGAUCUUCAGUAUUCAUACAAGCAGGAUGACAUUGGCACCUGAUGUCAACCUGGCUGAACUGAUCAUGGCCAAAGACGAUCUCUCUGGCGCUGACAUUAAAGCAAUUUGUACUGAAGCCGGACUCAUGGCGCUGCGUGAACGUCGUAUGAAGGUAACCAGUGAAGAUUUCAAGAAGUCAAAGGAGAGUGUUCUCUAUAGAAAGAAGGAAGGUUCACCUGAAGGAUUGUACUUGUAAACUUAAACAUGUUUCUAUUCUUUAUUUCUAAUUAAAUUGUGGAAGUAAAUUGCUAAAUGAAUAAAAUUAUACUCAAAAAACA